AUGCUGUUUGAAACAGUUUCAGUAAUUUUGGAUGAGCCAAGAACUGAAAAGCAGCUUGAUUGCUCAUCAUGUAAUAGCAGCACAGAUUCUGCUGGAAGUUGUUCUGGCGAGCCGAAUGAUACUGGAUCUGUACGGGUGCUGCCAACAGGCACUACUACUUCAUCGUCGUCUUCAUCGUUAUCUUCGCUCUCGCUAUCACCUUCUCUUUCAUGGGAUGAUAACGGUAGCUUGGAAGUUUUUGGCGCAGGUAGUCCAGAUUCACUAUCGCCGCUGUCCACGACCACCAGUGAGAAUGACGCGGAAAAUUCAACGUCAGAACGAGUGUUUACGAGGCUACAACAACCACCACGACAACAAAAUCCCCGAACUUACGCCGAUAUCCUUACAACCGUUUGCUUGACUCGCUAUAUGAUUGCUCUGAAGAUGUACAAUGAGCAGAAAUACUAUCUGGCCAUGUGCGGUUGUCCGCCGCAACAGUUCUUCAAUCCGCUCGACGGUACCUGUUUUCAAGCUUAUCAACAACCCCCAGGUGUAUUCAUGGUACCACUGGAAGCACUUGAAGCUUAUAUGCGCUACUUGGAAAGGUAUGUAACAACACUGGUCCAGUUGAUCAUGCUGGAAUUGGAAGAAUAA